AUGGCCAUGUGGCUGGUUGCUGAAGCCACACCCACCUAUCGUGACAGCUAUGUCAGCAGCGGCAACUCCGCUUUUCCACUGUCAGGCCAGUGGUCUGAUCUGAGGAUCGUUCUUCUGGGUAAAACUGGAUCAGGAAAAAGUGCAACAGGAAACACUAUACUGGGCAGAAAGGCUUUUGAAGUUGAUGAUUUCAUGAAAUCAACAAAUAAACUGAGUGAGAAACAGAAAGGAAAGGUGGGAGGAAGAAAUGUCUCCAUGAUAGACACUCCAGGACUGUUUAACACAGCUAUGGAUAAACAACAAGUGAAGGCUGAAAUAGAGAAGUGUGUGCAGAUGUCAUCUCCUGCUCCUGGCCCUCAUGCGUUCCUGCUGGUUAUAAAACUUGGUGCAAAAUUCACAGAGGAGGAGAAAAACUCACGGAUUCAGGAGAACUUUGGAGAAGAUGCUGUGAAGUACACCAUCGUUCUGUUCACUCACGCUGAUGAACUGAAGGGUAAACCUGUAGAGGAAUAUAUCAGCAAAAGCAAAGAUCUACAGCAACUGAUUCAGACCUGCUAUGGUAGAUAUCACUCGUUCAACAAUGAACACAGAAAUGAUCGAGAUCAAGUCACAGAACUGCUGAAAAUGAUUGUAAAGAUGGUCAAUUUCAAUGGAGGGAAGCCCUGCACUAGGAAGAGGAAUUAA